UUAGUGGAGAGAAACGCAAAAGUUGUAUGCGUCUAGUAUGACACAUGAAAUUUUCAGCAUGAGACCCAAGAGUACUUAGAUAUGUGAAAGACCAAAAAGGUUUACGCUAAAGGAAUGAGAAAAAGCAAAGUUCCCCGUUAAAAACUUCGCUUAGUUUGAUUAAAUGCUCUUUAAGGAUUUUUCAGACAUCAACAUCGAACUUAAGGAAACAAUCACGCGGUAACUUGGCUAAUAUCUCAACACUAGUACUGUCUGGAGCUUUCAAGGUCAACUUAGCCACAAACUAUCAAUACUCUUGGUUUUAACCAUGAUUGUCAUGUCAUCGUGCGUUAAAUCUUCUACUCCACGAACCAGAAGGUCCCUGGUUGGCCCUGCAGCGGUAGGGGUGGUGCAAAUUGGAAUCCCCGCAUCCCAUCAAGUCUUAGACGACUGGUGCAUGAACCUUACAAAACACCUCAACACAACUUUGGAAAAAUUUGGAAGUAUCACUUUCAACACAUCAAUGGCAAGCUCCGUUAUCUCAUCCUCAGGAAUUACGGUUCUUCAGAGACUUACAUUUGACUUGCAACACUUAGAAAUCUACUAUCUUCUAUUUGGUCAAAUCUCAAGCUCAAUUUCAGAUCAGAAAUUUAAUUUGUGUGUAAACAAUGGUAUCAACCUCAUGGGAGGGCUUGUUAUCGGCAUGCAAUUGACGGAGCUCUAUCUCAAUGGUACGUCACCAUUCCCCCCUCAGUUCGUUAAUGGGGGAGCGAUUGGCGGCCAGACUCGUUACCAGGACCUCAGUCAGGAAAUAGCACAGCUCAAAAGUUACAUGAGAAGACUGGCCAUAAUUCUGGCUAGCAAAGACUUAACCUCAGUACAAGUUUGAAGCCAAUAGGAAGUCAUCUGAAAUGACAACAUGGACUAAUAACGAUUAACUUCAAUCCCAUGAUCUAUUUAAAACAAAUUAUUUAUACUUAUGGAAUAUGUAACUGUCUCAAUUACUACUUUUAAAACUGUUCGAAUAUUAAUGCAACUCGCCGCGGUUUAAUUUAUUGAUUGUAUUUAGUUAUUUAUUGAUUAUGGCGUGUUUUCAACCCCAACUUUUCACAAAUGAACAUUUGUUAAUCAUAAUUAAUUAUC